AUGACGGAGCAUUUUGCCAAUAUUGUCGCGACCAUGAUGGCACAUCCCCCUGAUCGAAAUGCGCCUUUACCGCUUGCGAAUCAUAAGAGCACAAUGUUUGGCGUCACAAUAUCCUUCCAUGUUGUGAGCUGGCUUUUCGUGGGUUUCCGGCUUCAUACACGUUUUCGUGUUGUCCGUGAACCAGGUUGGGACGAUGUCUUUGUCGUCCUUGCAGCCUUGUUUAACCUUGUAUCAGUGAUUGCUUUUCUCGGAGGCACAAGAUAUGGUCUCGGACGCCAUUUGAUUUACAACCUCAAUCUGAUCCAGCAGACGAUGCAGUGGCUAUAUGUGACCAAUGCCGCCUACCACACUACCACAGCCUUCAUCAAAAUCUCACUGCUUCUCCAAUACUUGAGAAUUUUCCGCGACGGUCUGCGCCGCCACGUCUGCCUCGUCCUACUUGGCAUUGUCAUCGUAUGGGGCUCGGCCUUCGCUUUCAUGACUUGGGUACCAUGCUUUCCGAUCUCUGGAUUCUGGAACAGACAAACUGACCCACCACCUAAAUGCUAUGGCUUCGGAUAUGACAACAUGGAUGAGGCUAAGAUUGCAGUUCUCUCUUUUUCCAUUUCCAACAUGGUUCUCGAUGUUGCCAUUUUCCUUAUUCCGCUUUCGGAGUACUUCAAGCGGAAUAUAGGAAAAAAGCAACUAUUUGCUAUGACUGGACUGUUCUGUCUUGGCUCAAUUGUUGUACUGAUGUCCAUUCUUCGCCUUUGGACCACUUUCAAACACAGCAGGGAUACGGAACAAGGCUUCGACUUCACUUGGUGGUAUCCCCAAGUCCUCAUCAUCUCGUGUCUCGAGGUGGAUUUUGCUAUCAUGUGCGCCUCCAUGCCCAUUUUCUGGCCCACGGUCAUUGCUUCAUUUGGCCAAAUUUUCGUCACGAACGAGGUCCGCGUAACACACCAUCAGCGACUUGUAGACAACGGCGGCGACAACUUCGAGAUGGACAGAUCAAAUUCACUCAAAAGUAGUACGAGUACCCAAGGCCUCACGCAUGUUGGAACUAGCGAACAGAAACCAUACUAUUUGGAUGGAUUCGACCCAAAAAAGAACAAUUCUGGUGUUUCGGAGGUUCAGAGUCUCUUGGUACUCACGGCGUUUCCCAGCCUGCUCAUGGAACUCGGACGCAAAAAAUGGGAUAUAUGUCCCGGUUGUUCCAAUCUUCAGCUAGGUCGUUUCGUCGUCUCUCCCUGGAAAGGUCUCGACCCUGCCAGAGAGUCUCCAACGCCUUAUCGUAGCCCUCCUGAUGACCGCAGCGACUGCGAAAAUUGUACUAUCGCGGGGAUACCCUUUCGGUGGCACAUGACUACUUUAUGCCUUCUGCGCACCUGGUCCCAACGCAGGAUCCGAUGCUGGUGGUAUCCCGCGCAAUCUGCACACCUCAAAUUGGCGUAUACCGCAGUUGUCGACAGUAUGUACAGAUUAGCAUACAAGUCGUGCCCAUGA